UGAAAGCAAAAACUGGUCAGUUGUCUCUCUUAUGUAUUUUAUUAGAGCGGAUGAAAUCUCUGAACUAUAUUUGAAGGAAAGUUUUAUUUCAACUUCUGUUUAUAUUCGAUUAUUGGAUUGAGUACAACAGAUUACUGACCCACAUUUUCAUUACACUGGGAAGAGAAGACACUAGAGUCAACAGGCCAGCUUUUUCAUGUAUUGGGAACAUUGGUGAUCAGGUGUUCACCAUGUUGACCAGUUUUGUGGAUGGAAUAUUCUGUUGCUUCACAGGCAAGUCGACCAACGUGGUGGUGCCUAUUGAUUCCUCCGAGCCUACAGAUGGUUUUGAAUUUGUGGAGGUGAAACCAGGAAGGGUUUUGAGAAUUCGACAUAUUAUUCCAGACAGACCAGUGGUUGAAGAGCCAGGGACUGGGGAAGGUGGUACUGUGAGCUGCAAGCGUAAAAUCUCAGUGUACCGAAACGGACAACUUCUGAUUGAGAAUGUGAAUGAAGCUACGCAGCCAGAGUUGGUCCGCUAUCAGAAUGGAGACAGCAUUGUGGAAACUGAGGUUAUUGAUCGUGAUGGUCCGAAAGCAACGGGCCAAACUGCAGAGCCCAUGCCAGGGUCAGCUGCAGAUGUCAAACAUGCACCACAGCAGGAUCAGCAGCAACCACAGCGCAGACGGCGCAAACCCAAGCGCUCCAUUGUAAUUGACUGUGAGCGGAAGAUCACAUGCUGCAAAGGCACUCACCCUGAUGUGGCCUUGUUUUUCAUACACGGGGUUGGAGGAUCACUGGACAUUUGGGGAAGCCAACUGGACUAUUUCUCCCAAAUUGGAUAUGAGGUCAUUGCCCCAGACCUCGCCGGCCAUGGUGCUAGUUCAGCUCCUCAAAUCCCUGCUGCAUAUACAUUUUAUGCUCUAGCUGAGGAUGUUAGAAUCAUAUUCAAGAGAUAUGCGAAGCGGCGGAAUAUUUUAGUAGGGCACUCAUAUGGAGUCUCAUUUUGCACCUUCCUGGCUCAUGAGUAUCCAGAGCAAGUUCACAAGGUUGUUAUGGUUAACGGCGGUGGUCCUACAGCGCUCGAGCCCAGUGUCUGCUCUGUCUUCAACUUACCCACUUGUGUACUUAACUUCCUGUCCCCCUGCCUCACCUGGAGCUUCCUUAAGGCUGGAUUUGCCCAUCAGGGAGCACGAGAAAAGAAAUUACUAAAAGAAAACAAUGCCUUCAAUGUAUCCUCCUUCGUUCUACGGUCCAUGAUGAGUGGACAGUACUGGCCGGAGGGUGAUGAGGUUUACCAUGCUGAACUCACUGUGCCUGUUCUGCUGGUCCACGGCAUGUACGACAAGUUUGUACCGGUACAAGAGGACCAACGUAUGGCAGAGAUCCUCCUGCUGGGCUUCCUGAAGGUCAUUGAUGAUGGCAGUCACAUGGUCAUGAUGGAGUGCCCUGAUGUAGUUAAUACACUCUUACAAGAAUUCUUCCUGUGGCAGCCAGCAACCAACCAAAAACCAAAACAGGAAGCAGCCACCACAAAGACCACCACCAAACCUCAAGAAGACACACCAAGGCCAAAAACUGCCCCUAAGUCACCCCCCAAAUCUCAACCAGACUUAAUAAGGCCAACAACUGCACCAAGGAGCAGCAAUAGUGGGACAGAGGCCCUGGCUGACAGCAAAUCGAAGAGCAAGAAAUAGCUGAUUUACAGGAGUUGGUUAAGCAUGCUCUACGCUGGCGAAUGGCCGAAAUGUAACAGAGCUGUUUGAAAAAAGGAUAUGUUUGCACAGUCAUCUUCUGAUCUGUGUAAGACUGCAGUGAGAAGUCUCAAGGGACUGCUAUGAAAGACAUUUGUCCCAAUCUGGGUUUUCCCUCAACAUUUUGAUGUUUUGGCAGAGGACAUUAAGAUCUUAAGAAGAUGUGAAGGUUCUUUCAAUCACAGGCAACAAAACAGCCAAUACAAAUAUAAAUUUGUAAACACAAUUAAAAAAAAAUAUGAUACCAUCAUUCCAAAAGGUUACAAUAAGUGACAAUCUCAGUAUUAUAUAUUAUUCCAAGUGUUGCACAGUUUAACAUAUGCAAUGCAGGCUUUUGAUCUAAAUGGAGCAAUUUCUUUCAUUUC